CACAGGUGCAGUGUAGUCAUUCUAUCCUUGAGUCCUCUGAGUGCAAGGCCAUGGCUCAGAAGAGCCCCACAGGCAAGAGCAUUAACCUCCCCAUCGGAGACCUGGCCUCUGAGGUGACCAGGCGCAGAUUCACCAUGACCACAAGAGAAGAGAGAUUUACCAAGAAAGGUGAUGAAGCCCGGGAGAUGCUCUCCAGUUUGGAUUUGGAACAAGUCCCUCCUCCUGGCACAGCUGGGCCCACGGUACCCCCACCCCCACCUCCUUCUCCAGCCGAGGACUCCCAAGUCUCCUAGCCUGGAAAACAUCAGUCAUUUUGAAGUGGACUUACGUGAAACUCCAGACAACAGUUUCAGUGAAGUCCUUGGAGUUGUCUUUGAAGACUGUUUGGAAGAUCUUUGUGUUUUCUUUCCUGUUUUUCUUCUCCUACAACCACUGUUGAGCAUUGUUC